AUGCGCACAUCGAUAGCGAGGUUGAGGCUCUGCAUCGCAUUUGCUAGUUUUGUUUGUUAGACUUCAUCAGCCAUAUUUUAGAGUGAUUAUGUCAACAAGUGACUUCUAUUUGAGAUACUAUGUUGGUCACAAGGGCAAAUUUGGACACGAAUUUUUGGAAUUUGAGUUCAGACCAGACGGUAAACUGAGGUACGCAAACAACAGCAACUACAAGAAUGAUGUCAUGAUCAGGAAAGAGGCAUACGUACACAAAAGUGUGAUGGAGGAACUGAAAAGGAUCAUUGAUGACAGUGAAAUCACCAAAGAAGAUGACGCCCUGUGGCCCCCUCCGGACAGAGUUGGAAGACAGGAGUUGGAGAUCGUCAUCGGGGAUGAGCACAUUUCCUUCACAACUUCCAAAAUUGGCUCUCUGAUCGACGUCAACCAGUCGAAGGAUCCUGAAGGUCUUCGUGUCUUCUACUAUCUGGUGCAGGACCUGAAAUGUCUCGUCUUCAGUCUGAUCGGCCUACACUUCAAGAUCAAGCCCAUCUAAUCGGGAUUUUGCUGUUUCAUUGACUUUAACUGAUGUUUGUUGUACUACCGCAUUUGAACAUUUGCUUUUGGUGGAUUUUUUUAUUUUAAAUAAACAGUUAAAAA